AUGUCCCAGACCCAAACCCUGAAGGUCCGCGUGACCCUCUUCUUCAUCCUGGUGGGCGUCGUGCUGGCCCUGGCGGCCGUGGUGACCGACCACUGGGCCGUGCUGAGCCCCCAUGUGGAGCACCCCAACGGCACCUGCGAGGCGGCCCACUUUGGCCUCUGGCGGAUUUGCACCAAGCGCAUCGUCCUGAGCGAUGACGACCUGAGCUGCAGCACCAUCAGCCUGCCCGGGGAGAAGAACUGCUCCUACUUCAGGCAUUUCAACCCGGGUGAGACUUCGGAGAUCUUUGAAGUCACCACUCAGAAAGAGUAUAGCAUCUCGGCGGCCGCCAUCUCCAUCUUCAGCCUCGUCUUCAUCAUCCUGGGCACCAUCUGCCUCCUGCUGUCCUUCCGGAAGAAGAGGGACUACAUGCUGAGGCCAGCGUCCAUGUUCUAUGCCUUCGCAGGCCUCUGCGUCCUGGUCUCGGUGGAGGUCAUGCGGCAGUCGGUGAAGCGCAUGAUUGACAGCGAGGACACGGUCUGGAUCGACUAUUACUACGCCUGGUCCUUCGCCUGCGCCUGCGCAGCCUUCGUCCUCCUCUUCCUCGGCGGCCUAGCCCUCCUGCUCUUCUCACUGCCUCGAAUGCCCCAGAACCCGUGGGAAUCCUGCAUGGACGCGGAGCCCGAGCACUAG